UAAUUAGUUAAUUAAUAACAAAGUGGGCGGGCUCCUGGCCUGUGCAAAAAUAAUUAUGGCAUCUUCUUCGAGCGAGGACGUUCCCGUCCUCUCGAUGUCCUACCAGCAGCUACAAGAGAGAAAGAGACAUGCGAGAGCAGUCCCUUAUGACUCCUCGUCCUCUGACGACGCCAGAUCGAGACCAUUCCCUCGUUCCAGCCCCAAAGCUAGAGAGGUGGGCAUUAAUUGGGAGAAGGGGUCUCAGCCCGACCCAAAAGGGAACAAGAAAUGGAUCGACUGGUUGAGUAAUGAGAGACGAUUAGAUAGACUCUGCUCCAGGUGGGCUGGCUCUUCCGAUCAGCUCGAACAAGUACUUCAAAUAUGUCGUACGAUGGAGUCAAAGACAAAGGAGCUUUUAUCGGAUCCUUCGUUUAAGGAGGAGGUAGCCGUUAGGGUCUGGAAGUCCUGUCAUUAUAAGAUACUGGAUAGGCUGAGAAAGUUUUGCAAGCAGUCACAGACCAGCGUUGUGAAGACAAGCAUGGUAGCUGAUUUAGAGUCAUUCUUAACCAACUCUUCUCAAUUCUACUCUGAUCUCAUCAAUGUCUGUCAAAAGACGUAUCAAUUCGAUCUUCAGAAAUUUAUAAGUGACGGGAACUUCACUUUUGAUUCAAAAACUGAAAGGAAUAGGGUUAGGUUGGCUGUGAAUCUCAUUCAUCACUGCUACCUUUCCAUUGGUGAUUUGAAUAGAUACACUGAGGAAUUGAAGGAGACACCAGAUUGGUCUAAACCUAGAAUGUAUUAUUUAAAGUCUCGCGAUCUCAUUCCAAGAGACGGAAAACCAUACAAUCAGUUAGCAGUGAUUGCCAUUAAUUCACACAGGAGAUUAGAUGCUGUUUAUUAUUAUUGCCGCAGUCUCUGGACUAAGAACUCUUUUCUCUCGGCUCAUGAUAGCCUCAUUGGCCUCUUGGACGAGACGGCAAAGAAAAUAUCUACCUCUGCUAAGGAUGAGUUUAAAAAGCAGCAAGCUGCAAACAAAUUCACACCCACUAAGAAUGAUGAAAGCCACUCAAGGGAGGUAUGGAUCAUGCCUGGAAGAGAUGACAAGCUGGUGUCUUCAACUGAAAACGGGAGAGAGAAAGAGGAGGAGUCUCAGUUGGACUUUCCUGAGCUGUCAAGGAGACUUACCAAUCAGUUCUUGUUCGCCCACAGUAAACUUUUCACUAAAAUUGGGAUUGAGGAGUUCCCACUUGUACUGUCUAACAUGAUUUCUUUGUUGGACAGUUAUUUAAUAAAUAAUAACGAGGAAGAGAAGGAGCACCAGUUGGUGGCCUCUGUCAGUAGAGAUGCUUCAAAGAUACUGAAAAUGACAACCAUUAACAUUUCAACCAUUCAUCAUAUCCUCCAGAAUAAAGAUGAUCUUCAUUCUCAAACUGUCACCCUGUCUCUUAGUCUCUGUCUUUCUCUUCAGUUCAUUAUUUCUUUGUUGAACUCAAGUCACUCUCUACUAGCGUCUUACAAAGAGCCCGUUUCCACGGCGAUGGUGGGCGGGGUCCUUGAUGACCCUGGUCUGAGUCGGCUCCUUGUUAAUCUUGCAGUGACUGUCCCCUCGCUGAGGGUGUGGUUUAACUGGGUAUCGACCCACGUCAAAAUAUGGGAGCCACUCCUCGGGAGAAACGACCUCUUGAAAUAUUUUCACACAUUUUUUGGUCAGUUGUCGUCCCUGAUCAAUAAGACCCAGUCAUUCUUACCCCUGCGUAUUCCUCCUCCAAGUUCGUGUAGAUUGAGUUGUUCCAAGUACUGGGAGGAUAAGAUGCUCGCUGGGUUUUCCUGUUUGACCAGUUUGGCUAACUUGUCUUAUGAGGACACCCUCAUUACCCCUGAUCUAAACCAACUCAUUCAAGAACAAAUACUGUUCCAGUCUCUCUCUCGCCUCUCCUUACUACAAUAUGAGGUUACCAGUAGAUCCUCUCUACAGCAUUUCUUAUUUUAUGAUUCCUCGUCUAAUGAACUCUCUGUCCUCUUUGGGUCACUUACUUCAUGUACUAUACCUGAAGAGAAUAACGAUAGGAAGCCAUCUUUAAUAGAAGAAGAGGAGGAGGAGGAGGAGGAGGAAGUGGUGAAGGAUGAAAUUAAUAAUAAAGAAGAUACCAUUGAUGAAGCUCCUACUGGUCAAAUAACAGAAAUUGAGAAAUUAAAGAAAGAAAAGGAUCGUCUUGCUCAGCAACUACAAGUACACGAGGAACAGAAAUCAGCUGCUAAAUCUCUGAUAGACAAAGCUAAGAGCACUCAUUCUGAUGAGGUCACUGUUAAACCAAAGUACCUCAUACCUGAUACUAACUGCUUCGUGGACUCAUUCCAGCAACUGAUGGCUAUACUGGAGUCUGGCCACUUUGUAAUAGCAAUACCACUCACUGUUAUCGGCGAAUUGGAAGGAUUAAGUAAAGACAGUGAUCCAAAGCGUUCAAAGCCAUCAUUGGAUGCUGUGACUUAUGUUAAGGAGCAGCUCUCGGUCGGCAGCACUCGUCUAAAAGCUCUCACUUCUCAAGGUAGCAUCCUUUCCUCAUUACUGACCACCUCUGAGUCCAUACAAGAUCAGUCUUGUAAUGAUGAUAUUAUUCUUUCCUCCUGUGUUGCUCUUCACAAUCGUCUUGACGCUCCUACUUCUUCUCCCUCCCUCUCUCCUCUUCAUUCGGUUGUACUGUUAACCGAUGAUCGUAACUUACGAGUUAAAUCUCACGUCAGUCGUAUCCCUGUACGUAGCAUCGAUCAGUUUGUUGCCAUGCUCUCCUCCUAAUAAUGCCGUGAUAUUAAUGGUAGGACAAUAACCCCCCCCCCCCGACCCUCAACCUGUUUUUAAAAACUCACUUCAAUGUAAUUAUAUUUUUUAGUAAACACACAACAGUUCUUAUAAUAUUAUUAUUAUUUUUCUGUCACAAAA